UUUCUGCUCUGCAGUUCUCUGGGUCAAAACCUUGCAACUAGUACCUAUGUUUGGGAAAUCUGUUUUGCAGUCUUCAUUUCAAUCGCUGGAUUGGUACUAUUUUCAUUCCUUAUUGGGAACAUGCAGACAUAUUUGCAAUCAACAACCACAAGAUUGGAGGAGAUGAGGGUGAAAAGGAGGGAUGCAGAACAGUGGAUGUCUCAUCGCUUGCUCCCUGAGAAUCUGAGGGAGCGUAUCAGGCGGUACGAACAAUACAGAUGGCAAGAAACCAGGGGUGUUGAUGAAGAGAAUCUAAUCUGUAAUCUUCCAAAGGAUCUCAGAAGGGAUAUCAAGCGCCAUCUCUGCUUGGCUCUGCUGAUGAGAGUGCCGAUGUUCGAGAAAAUGGAUGAUCAACUGUUGGAUGCAAUGUGUGAUCGUCUCAAGCCAGUGCUUUACACAGAGGAAAGCUAUAUCGUUCGUGAAGGAGACCCGGUCGACGAGAUGCUCUUUAUAAUGAGAGGCAGGCUGCUGACAGUGACCACAAAUGGUGGAAGAACUGGUUUCUUCAACUCCGAAUAUCUCAAGGCUGGUGAUUUUUGUGGAGAAGAACUUCUUACAUGGGCUCUGGAUCCCCACUCCUCGUCUAACCUCCCUAUAUCGACAAGAACUGUGCAAGCCCUUACAGAAGUUGAAGCCUUUGCAUUGAAGGCGGAUGAUUUGAAAUUCGUAGCCUCUCAGUUCCGGAGGCUUCACAGUAAGCAGCUUCGCCACACUUUCAGGUUUUACUCACAGCAGUGGAGGACUUGGGCGGCUUGUUUUAUCCAAGCAGCCUGGCGCCGUUACAGUAAGAAAAAGCUUGAGGAGUCUCUUAGGGAAGAAGAGAACAGGUUGCAAGAUGCUCUGGCUAAGGCUGGUGGGAGCUCACCAAGUUUGGGUGCCACCAUCUACGCCUCACGCUUUGCUGCUAAUGCGCUUCGGCUUAUAAGACGUAGUGGCACGCGGAAAGCGAGGGUGCCAGAGAGAAUACCACCAAUGCUGCUUCAGAAGCCAGCGGAGCCAGAUUUCACUGCUGAAGAACAUUAGGUAAUAUGUGACCAGCAAUGUAAGCUUGAUUUGUUGUGUGAAAUGCA